AUGCGCGCCUCCGUCCUCAUCGCAGCCCUGGCCUCGGCCACCGCCGUCAGCGCCGCCUGCGCGGCCGACAACUGCCUCAGAAACGUCAGGGGCCAGCCGGUAGGCAGGGCCUUCUGCGCGACCUUCACCACCGCCGUCGUCAACGCUACCACCGCCCUGCCCGCCGGGAUCUUGCCGUCGUGCGGCGUCGUGCGCCUCUCCAGCGCCUGUUCCUGCGUCUUCCCCGCCUCCACCGCGGUUUCAACGACGCUGACGACGGCGACAACGACGACGAUCAGAUCAACGACGACGAUCAGGUCAACAACGACGACAGGGCCGACGACGUCGGGGGGCUCGGUCUGCUCUGAGACUUUCACCUCCUUUAUCACGGAGACGCUUCCCGCCAGCACAAUCACCAUCGCCGCCAGCGUCGAGACCGUGACGCUCCCGCCGUUCACGUUGACCGUCAGCCUCCCCAUCGUGACGGCCACCAUCAUCUCUACCAUCACCCUUCUGCCCUCGAUCCUGCCUCCCAUCGAGUUCCCCUCCGUAUCCACCACCGGAUUCUCGACGGUGUCCUCGACGGGCUUCUCGACGGGCUUCUCGACGGUGUCCUCGACGGAGCCGGCCCCUGAGCCUACCCCGACGCCCAGUUCCGAUUCUACCACCACAACCACCAGCACCACUACUCUCUAG